UGUGUACUGUUUCUCUCACCUUAACCUGUCAUGUUCACAGAGAAUCACAUUUGCAUUGAUUAGUUAUCGGGGUCAAAGCUGCGUAUGGGAUAUAUCAGAGAGAAUUAAGGAGCAUGAAUCUUGUUUUGCACAUGAAGGAAAUUGCAUUAUUGGACACCAUCAUUAUAAAGGUGUAAAGGCAUUUCCGGUUUCGGGACGAUGCCUUUUCCGCCCUGAUGCCCUUGUAGCUAUGGAAACGUCCACCAGCCUGUUCACCCUUUCAGACCUGGCACUGCGUGUGAUGUAGCUAGCUAGAUGGUUUAUGUGUGCCAGAAUUACCGAUAAAUCAGACGUUUCAAGAUGGCGUUACAACGACUGAUGUCUUUUUUCAUCCUUUACUCGAUUCUUGGCUACAUUCCAUCACUUGGGGUAAUCCUCCGAACCACAGACAAGACUGUGUGGGCAAAUGAAUUUGAACCUAUUGAGUUGACCUGCUUGAUAGAGUCCAUCUCAACAAACAACCCCAGAAUCGAAUGGAAGAAAAUCCAAAACGGCGUCCCUAGUUAUGUGUACUUUCAAAAUCAAAUUUCGGGGGACUUGGAGCACAGAGCCCAGCUGAUCCAGCCGGCUAACCUACUGAUCCUCAACACCAGCCGUGCAGACACUGCAGAGUACCGCUGUGAGGUCGCUGCCAUUGAUGACCACAAACACUUUGAUGAAAUUCUAAUCAGUCUUGCUGUCAGGGUAAAGCCUGUGGUGCCCAGGUGCAGUGUGCCUGUGGCGGUGACUGUUGGCACGUCCUCUGAGCUGCGCUGCCUGGAGAACGAGGGCUUCCCUGCCUCACAGUACCGCUGGUUCCGUAACAACGAGGAGCUUCCCCAGGACCCAAAGAGCAGCCCCAAGUUCAUCAACUCCACCUACUCCAUUAACGCUGACACGGGUGGUCUGAAAUUCCGCCGGAUGAGAAAGGAGGAUGCGGGGGAGUAUUACUGCCAGGCAAAGAAUGUAGCUGGACAUGCACAGUGUCCCACACAGCUGAUGGACGUCUAUGAUGUCGACAUUGUGGGGAUUUUCCUAAAGGUGUUGGCGGCAUUGGCUGGAUUCAUUGUUGUGAUGGUGGGGGUUUGUCAUGCACACAAACAUCACUGCUUUUCCUCCAGCAAGGAUCACACAGGAACCAACUACAAACUUCCAGCACAGGAUGAUGGCUUUGACUAUGCCGAAGCAGAUGAGGGUCACUUCCGUCACAAAUCAUCAUUUAUCAUUUGACAUCUGAGAUAGAGGAGACACACUGAAGAGGAAGCGGAGACACACUGAAGAGGAAGAGGAGACACACUGAAGAGGAGACACUCUGAAGAGGAGACCCACUGAAGUCAAAAGCGUGCCAAAUCCAAUAAUGGGGCUUCGUGUGAGAAAUUUGAGCUGUAACAUUGCACAUGAACCUACAAGCUUGCCAAAGUUAUCAUAAUGAAAAGAUCAAUCAUUAUUUCAAUCUUGCUUUCUGAUAGGCAACUGUAACGUCAUGUCCCUGUUAGUACACUGUUUACUUUUUUUUGUAGCACAAAUAUGUUUUGUCCUCAGUCAUUACUGUAACUACAAUUACAGUACGAUUUUUUUUAAAGCUGUGACUUUUGAACUUCCACCAGCAUGUUCAUCUUAACUGAUGCUGGAACAUUCCCCCAUACUGUUUUUAGACAAACAAGGUUUUUUACUUCCUAAAAUUUCUACAAAGUACAACAAACCUGUUUUAAAAAAACAGUAUUUCAUAACCUCUGAAUGCAAGCUGGACUAGUUUAUGUUAAUAUGAAGGUAGGUUGUGUCAAUAGUUUUAUAUAUACACUACCGUUCAAAAGUUUGGAGUCACAGAAAUGUCCUUGUUUUUGAAAGAAAUGCAAUUUUUUUGUCCAUUAAAAUAACAUCAAAUUGAUCAGAAAUACAGUGUAGACACUGUUCAUGUUGUAAAUGACUAUUGUAGCUGGAAAUGGCUGAUUUUUUAUGGAAUAUCUACAUAGGCGUACAAAGGCCCAUUAUCAUUAACCAUCACUCCUGUGGUCCAAUGGCACGUUGUGUUAGCUAAUCCAAGUUUAUCAUUUUAAAAGGCUAAUUGAUCUUUAUAAAACCCUUUUACAAUUAUGUUAGCACAGCUGAAAACUGUUGUUCUGAUUAAAGAAGCGAUAAAACUGGCCUUCUUUAGACUAGUUGAGUAUCUGGAGCAUCAUUAUUUGUGGGAUCAAUUUUAUGUUAUUUUAAUGGACAAAAAAAAGUGCAUUCUUUCAAAAACAAGAACAUUUCUAAGUGACCUCAAACAGCUGUAUGUAUGUAUGUAUGUAUGUAUGUAUGUAUGUAUGUAUGUAUGUAUGUAGUACCAGUUUGGACACACCUACUCAUUGAAGUGUUUUUCUUUAUUUUUACUAUUUUCUACAAUGUAGAGUAAUAGUGAAGUCAUCAAAACUAUUAAAUAACACAUAUGGAAUCAUGUAGUAACCAAAAAAGUGUUGAACAAAUCAAAAUAUAUUUUAGAUUCUUCAAAGUAGCCACCUUUGCCUUGAUGACAGCUUUGCACACGCUUGGCAUUCUCUCAACCAGCUUCACCUGAAAUGCUUUUCCAACAGUCUUGAAGGAGUUCCCACAUAUACUGAGCACUUGCUGCUUUUCCACUUUGCGGUCCAUCUCAUCCCAAACCAUCUCAAUAGGGUUGAGGUCGGGUGAUUAAUGGAGGCCAGGUCAUCUGAUGCAGCACUCCAUCACUUUCCUUCUUGAUCAAAUAGCCCUUACACAGCCUGGAGGUGUGUUGGGUCAUUGUCAUGUUGAAAAACAAAUGAUAGUGGGACUAUGCGCAAACCAGAUGGGAAGGUUUAUCGCUGCAGAAUGCUGUGGUAGCAAUGCCUGUUAAGUGUGCCUUGAAUUCUAAAUCCCUAACGGUGUCACCAGCAAAGCACCAUCACACCUCUUCCAUGUUUCAUGGUGGGAACUACACAUGCGGAGAUCAUCCGUUCACCUACUCUGUCUCACAAAGACAUGGCGGUUGGAAUCAAAUAUCUAAAAUUUGGACCCAUCAGACCAAUGGACAGAUUUCCACCGGUCUAAUGUCCAUUGCUCAUGUUUCUUGGCUCAAGCAAGUCUCUUCUUAUUAUUGGUGUCUUUUAGUAGUGGUUUCUUUGCAGCAAUUCGACCAAGAAGGCCUGAUUCACGCAGUCUCCUCUGAACAGUUGAUGUUGAGACGUGUCUGUUACUUGAACUCUGUGAAGCAUUUAUUUGGGCUGCAAUUUCUGAGUCUGGUAACUCUAAUGAACUUAUCCUCUGUAGCAGAGGUAACUCUGGGUCUUCCUUUCCUGUGGCGGUCCUCAUGAGAGACAGUUUCAUCAUAGCACUUGAUGGUUUUUGCGACUGCACUUGAAGAAACUUUCGAAGUUCUUCAAAUGUUCCGUAUUGACUGUCCUUUCUCUCUCUUUGCUUAUUUGAGCUGUUCUUGCCAUAAUAUGGACUUGGUCUAUUACCAAAUAGGGCUGUCUUCUGUAUACCUACCGUGUUACAACACAACUGAUUGGCUCAAAUACAUUAAGAAGGAAAGAAAUUCCACAAAUUAACUUUUAACAAGGCACACCUGUUCAUUGAAAUGCAUUCUAGGUGACUACCUCAUGAAGCUGGUUGAGAGAAUGCCAAGAGUUUUCAAAGCUGCCAUCAAGGCAAAGGGUGGCUACUUUGAAGAAUCUCAAAUAUAAAAUAUAUUUUGAUUUGUUGAACACCUUUUGGGUUACUACAUGAUUCCAUAUGUGUUAUUUCUUAUUUUUGAUGUCUUCACUAUUAUUCUACUUUGUAGAAAAUAGCAAAAAUAAAGAAAAACCCUGUAAUGAGUAAGUGUCCAAACUUUCGACUGGUAGUGUAUAUGUACAUACAUACAUACAUACAUACAUACAUACAUACAUACAUACAUACAUACAUACAUACAUACAUACAUACAUACAUACAUACAUACAGUUGAAGUCGGAAGUUUACAUACACUUAGGUUGGAGUCAUUAAAACUCGUAUUUCAACCACUCCACAAAUUUCUUGUUAACAAACUAUAGUUUUGGUCAGUUAGGACAUCUACUUUGUGCAUGACACAAGUCAUUUUUCCAACAAUUGUUUACAGACAGAUUAUUACACUUAUAAUUCACUGUAUCACAAUUCCAAUGGGUCAGAAGUUUUCAUACACUAAGUUGACUGUGCCUUUGAACAGCUUGGAAAAUUCCAGAAAAUGUUGUCAUUGCUUUAGAAGCUUCUGAUCGGCUAAUUGACAUAAUUUGAGUCAAUUGGAUGUGUACCUGUGGAUGUAUUUCAAGGCCUACUUUCAAACUCAGUGCCUCUUUGCUUGACAUCAUGGGAAAAUCAAAAGCAAUCAGCCAAGACCUCAGAAUUUUUUUUGUAGACUUCCACUAGUCUGUUUCAUCCUUGAGAGGAUGAACCAUCUGUACAAACAAUAGUACGCAAGUAUAAACACCAUGGGACCACGCAGCCGUCAUACCGCUAAGGAAGGAGACGUGUUCUGUCUCCAAGAGAUGAACGUACUUUGGUGCGAAAAGUGCAAAUCAAUCCCAGAACAACAGCAAAGGACCUUGUGAAGAUGCUGGAGGAAACAGGGUACAAAAGUAUCUAUAUCCACAGUAAAAUGAGUCCUAUAUCGACAUAACCUGAAAAGCUGCUCAGCAAGGAAGAAGCAACUUCUCCAAAACCGCCAUUAAAAAAGCCAGACUAAGUUUUGCACGGGGAUGGCAGCGUAAUGUUGUGGGGGUGCUUUGCUGCAGGAGGGACUGGUGCACUUCACAAAAUAGAUGGCAUCAUGAGGUAGGAAAAUUAUGUGGAUAUAUUGAAGCAACAUCUCAAGAUAUCAGUCAGGAAGUUAAAGCUUAGUCGCAAAUGGGUCUUCCAAAUGGACAUUGACCCCAAGCAUACUUCCAAAGUUGUGGCAAAAUUGCUUAAGGACAACAAAGUCAAAGUAUUGGAGUGGCCAUCACAAAGCCCUGAUCUCAAUCCUAUAGAUAACUUGUGGCCAGAACUGAAAAAGCGUGUGCGAGCAAGGAGGCCUACAAACCUGACUCAGUUACACCACCUCUGUCAGGAGGAAUGGGCCAAAAUUCACCCAACAUAUUGUGGGAAGCUUGUGGAAGGCUAUCCGAAACAUUUGACCCAGGUUAAACAAUUUAAAGGCAAUGCUACCAAAUACUAAUUGAGUGUAUGUAAACUUCUGACCCACUGGGAAUGUGAUGAAAGAAAUAAAAUCUGAAAUAAAUCAUUCUCUACUAUUAUUCUGGCAUUUCACAUUCUUAAAAUAAAGUGGAUCUAACUGAUCUAAAACAGGGUAUUUUUACUAGGAUUAAAUGUCAGGAAUUGUGAAAAACUUAGUUUAAAUGUAUUUGGCUAAGGUGUAUGUACACUUUCAACUUCAACUGUACACACAGUGGGGCAAGAAAGUAUUUAGUCAGCCACCAAUUGUGCAAGUUCUCCCACUUAAAAAGACGAGAGAGGCCUGUAAUUCAUCAUAGUUACACUUCAACUAUGACAGACAAAAUGAGAAGGAAAAAAAUCCAGAAAAUCACAUUGUAGGAUUUGUUAUGAAUUUAUUUGCAAAUUAUGGUGGAAAAUAAGUAUUUGGUCAAUAACAAAAGUUUAUCUCAAUACUUUGUUAUAUACCCUUUGUUGGCAAUGACAGAGGUCAAACGUUUUCUGUAAAUCUUCACAAGGUUUUCACACACUGUUGCUGGUAUUUUGGCCCAUUCCUCCAUGCAGAUCUGAUCUAGAGCAGUGAUGUUUUGGGGCUGUUGCUGGGCAACACAGACUUUAAACUCCCUCCAAAGUUUUUCUAUGGGGUUGAGAUCUGGAAACUGGCUAGGCCACUCCAGGACCUUGAAAUGCUUCUUACGAAGCCACUCCUUCUCCCGGGCGGUGUGUUUGGGAUCAUUGUCAUGCUGUAAGACCCAGCCACAUUUCAUCUUCAAUGCCCUUGCUGAUGGUAGGCUUUGUUACUUUGGUCCCAGCUCUCUGCAGGUCAUUCACUAGGUCCCUCCGUGUGGUUCUGGGAUCUUUGCUCACCGUUCUUGUGAUCAUUUUGACCCCACGGGGUGAGAUCUUGCGUGGAGCCCCAGAUCGAGGGAGAUUAUCAGUGGUCUUGUAUGUCUUCCAUUUCCUAAUAAUUGCUCCCACAGUUGAUUUCUUCAAACCAAGCUGCUUACCUAUUGCAGAUUCAGUCUUCCCAGCCUGGUGCAGGUCUACAAUUUUGUUUCUGGUGUCCUUUGACAGCUCUUUGGUCUUGGCCAUAGUGGAGUUUGGAGUGUGACUGUUUGAGGUUGUGGACAGGUGUCUUUGAUACUGAUAACAAGUUCAAACAGGUGCCAUUAAUACAGGUAACGAGUGGACAGAGGGCCUCUUAAAGAAGAAGUUACAGGUCUGUGAGAGCCAGAAAUCUUGCUUGUUUGUAGGUGACCAAAUACUUAUUUUCCACCAUAAUUUGCAAAUAAAUUCAUUAAAAAUCCUACAAUGUGAUUUUCUGGAUUAUUUUUUCUCAUUUUGUCUGUCAUAGUUGAAGUGUACCUGUGAUGACAAUUACAGGCCUCUCUCAUCUUUUUAAGUGGGAGAACUUGCACAAUUGGUGGCUGACUAAAUACUUUUUUGCCCCACUGUAGAUACAUACAGAUAAUGAGUGGGGCAUGUUUAAAAAGCUGAUGAAAUAUUUUACAUGCAGAGCCAAGGGGCACAAUGAAACUGUCUGUUGUGCUUAAAAGCCAACUGACUUUAUUCUCUGCGUUCAGAAUAACAAAGAAACAUAUUACAGUUAUACAGUAUAAUCCCAUAAUAAUGCUGCUAGUUAAGAUGUAUUAUUAUGAUUAUAUCAAGUAAUUAUGAUUUUUUUCAGAGUGCCGUGUCUGUAUAAGUGACCUUCUUUGCUUACUAAUUACGUACUUUAUAAAUAUUGGACAUAUUGUCCAGUUUUGACUCACAAUUAACUGUAUUUUCUUUAUGAACACAAUAUACAAUAUUAAUGGAUAUACAGGCAAUACAACUUUUUUAGAAACAAAUGUCUACACAUACAUGUUUAUCAGUAACAAUAUAUAAGUAUGAAACAAUGUUUCAAAUUGAAAUUGUUAAAAAUGACUUUUUGAAACAUGGUUAUUUUGUUAAAUAACACUACUCAGGAACUGUUGUAAAAUGUAAAAUGUUCGUUGUAGUGCAAGUAAUGGAUACUGUUAUGCUUACUUCAUUUUGUCAAUAAAGACACAAAUAACAUUA